AGUUUUUUUUCUUUUACUGCCGAGUUCACAUUCACAGCCUAGCGAGUGAGCGAGCGACAUUCGAUAACUUUUUGAACGCUUCAACAGCGACGACAGAAUGCCCCGUGUUUACAUAGGACGACUCGGAUACCAUGUCCGUGAAAAGGACAUCCAGCGGUUCUUCGGUGGAUUUGGAAAGCUGAUGGAAAUAGAUUUAAAAAAUGGAUAUGGUUUCGUGGAGUUCGAAGACAAUCGGGACGCAGACGACGCCGUGUACGAGCUGAACGGCAAGGAACUGUGCGGCGAGCGGGUGAUCGUCGAGCAUGCCCGCGGACCGCGUCGGGAUCGAGACAGCUACAGUGGGGGUAGCGGUUACAGCCGGAGCCGCACCGGCAGGGACAAGUACGGGCCCCCGGUUCGUACAGAAUACCGUCUGAUUGUGGAGAACUUGUCCAGUCGCUGCAGUUGGCAGGACCUCAAGGAUUUCAUGCGCCAGGCCGGCGAGGUCACCUACGCCGAUGCCCACAAGGAACGCGCAAACGAGGGCGUGAUCGAGUUCCGCUGCCACUCGGACCUGAAGCGUGCCAUUGACAAGCUGGACGGCACCGACAUCAACGGAAGAAAGAUCCGUCUGGUGGAGGACCGGCCUCGCAGGCAAAGGUCCUACUCUGGCAGCCGCUCCAGAUCUCGUAGUCGCAGGCGUUCCCGCAGCAGGAGCCGCAGAAGCUCUAGGAGUCGAUCCGGAUCCAAAUCUAGGUCUGGUUCCCGUAGCAACAAGCGCUCUAAUCGCUCCAGGUCGGAUAGGAAGUCUCGCUCCAAGUCUGGAGACAGCAAGUCGCGCUCUCGGAACCGCAAGUCCGCCUCACGGUCCAAGUCCAAAUCUUGCUCUCGCAGAUCCGGCUCCCAAUCUCCCCAGCGCAAAUCAAAGUCCCGCUCGAAGAGUCUCUCCAAGGCGAAGUCAGAGCGAGACUCGCGCAGCAGGUCCAAGGAGAAGGUCGACGAGAAGUCUCGCAGCCGCUCGGCCUCGCCGAUGGAAAAUGGUAACGGCGAGCGCCAGGCCAAGUCCGCGUCCCGCUCCCCAUCACCACGGGAGGCCGAGCAUCGGUCCCCAUCCAGAGAAAGGCAGUCGGCCUCCCGCUCCAGGUCUCGCUCCAGAUCUAGAUCCGCGUCUCAGGAUUAGCACACCCGAGCUUCCAUGUCUGGCUGUACAUACUGAGCAGUGUUUACUUCCUGGCCUCUGCUUCCUGGAUUUGUCUCUGAAUCAACUUUUUGCUUUUCCUGUUGCUGUAGUUUAACAGCAACAGUGGCUUGGCCCGAUGCGCCUCAUGGGUAUCUUGAACAACUAAGAAAUGAGUGUGAACAAAAGCGUUAUUUAGCUAACCAGCUGGUUUCUAAAGGAAUGUUCACACACUUGGCAACCUUAAGUUAUUUCUCAUCACUUCCAGGUUUUUCCUGCUGAUUUUCUCGUUAUCC